AGUGCUAUCAAUAGUUCGCUGAAGUGCCUACUUACUUUACCCUCCAACCUUUUGCACAGUGGCGUAGGGAAAAGUAGGGACAGCCAUAAUGUCGGCGUUUAGACAAAAGGAACGUACAACGUACCUUGGAGAGCCUCGUCUUUGUUGCAGGCCGAAAAGAAGUCAAAGAAGAUCGAACGAUAACCGGAAGCCUUCCUGGUGUCACCUCGAGAAAAUAAAGUCACUAAAUGUCCAAUGGCUAAGGGAGGACGCGUGUCAUAGAAGCUGAACUCGAGCUGAACUUCAGAUUGAGGUGCGCGGAUUCGAUAAACACGCGAUGGAGAGAAGAAAGUGAUGCUAAAAGUCGAAACGGAAAUCACCGUCGCGCCGUAUCAGCCCGAGUUCACGAGAUGGCGACUUUCCUGGGGGCACGCAUCAGCAUAGAAGGCGCGUAGAAUCAGGAUCGAAAGGGGAAACAUCGAGCACAACAUCCAAGAUGGGCAAGUGUUGUAGCAAGCGGCAAGAGCCUCAACCCCUUGGUUACAAGAAAGCAGAUACAGGACUAAGCUCAAAACACAGUAAUGGAGGUUCUUUGGAUCGGUACACUGCUGACCCGAAUCAGAGGGGUGUACAAACGAGGGCAGACAUCAUACGACCGAGGCCGACACCUUGUAAGCUCCAAAUUCCUCACCAGCCCCGUAAAACAAGCUCGCCUGUCGUUAAGCCUGCAUCGCAUUCACAAAGGUCGAACAAGAUCGUGGUGGCCCUGUACAAUUACACCGCGCGCGAGAGCACCGAUGUCAGUUUCGUAAAGGGAGACCGGAUGGAAGUAUUGGACGAUUCCGAGCCCGACUGGUGGAAAGUUUUACACUUGACAACUUUGCAAGAAGGUCUCAUCCCGUGGAACUUCGUGGCCGUGGAGCGUUCGGUCGAGAGCGAAGAUUGGUUUUUCGAGAAUGUCUCCCGUAAAGAAGCUGGAAAGCUUCUUCUGGUGGAUGAAAACCCUCGGGGAACGUUCUUGGUGAGACCCAGCGAGCACAAUCCACGAGGAUACAGUUUAUCCGUGAAGGAUUGGGAGGAGGGAAGAGGUCAUCAUGUAAAACACUAUAAAAUUAAGCCGCUCGACAAUGGAGGAUUCUUUAUCGCUACCAACCAGACAUUCCCGACUCUACCCGCCCUUGUUAUGGCGUACAGCAAGAAUGCAUUGGGUCUCUGUCAUGUGCUUUCGAAGCCCUGUCCAAAACCGCAGCCGGACAUGUGGGAUCUCGGGCCCGAGUUACGAGACAAAUGGGAGAUCAAUAGGAACGAGAUACAGCUGAUACGGAAAUUAGGCCACGGCAAUUUCGGCGAGGUAUACUACGGUAAAUGGAGGAAUAAAAUCGAAGUGGCUGUGAAGACGUUGCGACCAGGGACCAUGUCGACGGAGGCGUUCCUCCAAGAGGCAGCUAUCAUGAAACAGUUCCGACACAGACACCUAGUCGCGUUGUACGCGAUCUGUUCGAAGGAAGAACCGAUUUAUAUCGUGCAAGAAUACAUGUGCAAUGGCAGCUUGUUGGACUUUCUCAGGACAGGUGACGGCAAAUACAUGCAGUUCGAGGAUCUAAUUUACAUUGCUGCACAAGUGGCAUCCGGUAUGGAACAUCUCGAGAGCAAGCAAUUGAUACACAGAGACCUUGCUGCGAGGAACGUCCUGAUAGGCGAGAAGAAUAAAGCAAAGAUUUGUGACUUUGGUCUCGCCAGGGCGAUCGAGGAUGACGAGUACUGUCCUAAACAGGGAAGUAGAUUCCCUGUUAGGUGGACUGCUCCCGAGGCCAUUGUCUAUGGCAGAUUUAGCAUCAAAAGCGAUGUUUGGUCUUAUGGCGUGCUGCUGAUGGAGCUCUUCACUUAUGGCCAAGUUCCUUAUCCUGGUAUGCAGGGUCGCGAAGUAAUCGAUCAGAUCAAUAAAGGCUAUCGGAUGCCUAAACCAUUGAAUCACCCGCUGCCGGACAGCAUUUACCGAUUAAUGUUACAAUGCUGGGAUGCUAGCCCCGAGAAGCGACCCACGUUCGAGUUCCUUAAUCACUAUUUCGAGUCAUUCAACGUCACUAGCGAAAUACCCUAUCUAGAACCACCAACUGACUGAUACACAGCUCACAUGCAGAGUCACCUGGUACCGCACGGUCAUUUCCAUCCAGCGCACAUUAACUGUGCCAUGGAGUUUUAUGGUAUUUAUUGCUAGAUUUCUAGCAAUACAUCUGAAGACUCUGUUUACCGUGUCCUUUUUUAUAUUAAAAAAUCUGCAGAGAUAUUAUCUGUGCGAACAAGAAUAAUGAAUUCUAAAAAAGAAGGAAACUUGAAAAAAAAAAGGAGAAUUACCGAAAGUACAGAAUGGUACAGGAAAUAUUUACAAGCUGUCUGUUGAUGGCGAAGAAUUUUGUAAACGUUACCAGAUUUUUCGAAGCAAUCGUUGUUAAACGCUGCCAAAAAAAAAAGGAAAGAAGAAAAAAAAAGAGAAGAAGAAGAAAAGAAAAUGAAAAUUCUGCGAUAAUCGUGGAUAAUUUACGAAGUGUUCUUUCGUUAUCUUUACGAAAAUUGAGAGUCAUCGAGGAAGCAUUUCAAGAACAAUGAUCUUGUGUGCCAUGGAACUGAGAAACGAAAAAAUGAAACUGAGUCUUGCUCGUACUGUGUAUCGAUGAGACUUUAAACUUUUGUGACCAAUCGUGGAUAACUGCCGACUAGUAACGAGCCAAAACGUUGCGACUGAAGAUAACAGUAUAGAAUCUCUCUAUCCGCUACGUAUUCGAUAUAUAUUAUAGAAUCUAAAACGAAAUCGUUCAACGUUUGAGCUAUUUAUUAAGCAUUUUCACAAUUUGGAGAGUAUAUUAAAAAUAUUUGACAAAGGUAUCUUAUUAUUAAAAAAAAAAAAGAUAAUGUUUAGACGGUAGAACGGAAACAGUUGAGAACUAAAAAGUAGAAUUUUAAAUGGUAGACAAUGUAAUCGAUUAUAUUAAUCCGUCAAUGUAUGAUUACGACGCAGAUAAACAGAAGUGUUGCGACAUCUAUGUAAUCUGCGCGAUUGCUUCUUCAUUGAUCUCGAAUCAAUCGCGACUGACUUUUCCUAAAAUUCAAAUCUUGUUUUUUUUUUUUCUUUUGGAUUCACUCCUUGCAAAUCCAAGUGCACAGAUUGUGCAUCAAUUAUUGAAUGCACAAGCCUGUAUUAAAAUACAAUCAUUCUAUUAAUAUAAUAAAUUAGGAUAUGCAAAGUUUUUCGUUUGAUUUCGAACGAUACGUCGAGUAGGACAAUAUUUUAUACGAGAGAUUAAGUACGUUUUAUACGUAAACGAGAAAAACUUUUUCGAUGUGUGUAUUUUUGUUCUGUGAACAGUGUAUUCCAAAUAUACGAUUCGAAAGCACACGUUCGUUUCUCCGACGAAUAUACAUAUACAUAUACAUAUAUAAAUAUAUAUAUAUAUAUAUUAUUAUUUUUUACUGUGAUCGCAAUUUGCAAAGGAAAGCCAAGAGCUAUCUGUUCUCUACGGCGAGUCGAUAAUGUACCUAUAUCUGAAUAUGUCUCGUCAUUGUAUUAAUUUAGACCUCUUUUUUCAAAUUCGUUAGGACGCGAAUAAGAAGAAGUUACUAAUAACAGAAACAAACAUAUGUAAGUACGUUAUAUAAAUGCACGUCGCCACGAGAAGUGACAAACUUUUUUUGAAACUACGUGAACCUAUCGAGAGAAAAAAAAAUAAAAUAAAAUAAAAUAAAAUAAAAAAUACUAGAGAUACUACUUGAAGGUAAAAAUUAAGUCAUCGAUGUUGCUCGUACAAAGUGUUUGAAAAAAAAAAAAAAAAUUGUAAAUUUUCUACUAAACAUACAAACGACAAGUUAGGGUAGAGUUUAGGCGAUAGGCCCAUGAAGGUAGUUGUAAAUCUCCUCGGGAUGUGAAACACCGACGGAUCCUCGUCUCUUUUCGUAAUUUCGUUGUACAAGAAUAUUUCUCGGAUAAGGAAGGGUUUCGAUCCCGAGGACGUAUAUCGUUGUCUCGUCAUGGUCGUCCUCCGCGGAACGUAUCGUUAGACGUAUAAAUCCCUAGACGUACAUUGAACUAUGUCACGAUAAGCAAGAUGAGCCAUUAUGACACUUUAGAUAUAUAAAACAUUUAAACGAAUAAGAACAAGAAAAAAAAUAUUAAACGAAUGAAUGGGAUAAAAGCUGAGAGAAAGAGAGAGAGAGAGAGAGAGAGAGAGAGAAAGAGAGAAGAUGAUAGAAUAUAAGUACGAAAGUGCAAGCGAUGAUAAGACGACUAUGUACGUGAGUGUAGUGAAUUGUUACAACUAUGAAUGUGUGGUAUUUUUUUCACGCGCAUUUUGCCGUGAACAUAUUAAGAGAUGAGCAAUAAGAUGUCAUGCUUCUUGUACGGCCCGUAACUAUUGCUCAAUAGAAAGAAAAUCGUGUCGUUUCAACAAAACGAACGUAUGAACGUCUAACAAACCAGUGUUUGUUGUCUAAUGACAAACUAUAAUACGAAUGAUUCCAAAUAGAUAUCGAUACAAUUGAUAUAUCGAUUCGAAUAUGGAAUACUUUUGUGGCUUAAGUUUACCGGGACUCGUCGCGAACUCGACAUUAUAUUGCCACAAUUACAUAGUAUACCAAUAAAUAUAAUGUUUUUUACUAUAAUUAGCGAGGCAAACACUACAUAAUUUUGUUGUGUGAGUUGACUAAUUUAUUCUAUGAUAGUAUGAUGCGGUGAAUGCACGUGAAAAAGCAUCAUGUUUACGUAGUGUUAGAAAUGUAGUUGUAUUACGUCCAACAAACUUUUUCUAUGAGCGUUUUAUACCGAUCAAAAUGUUGUGUUUCUCACGGAGAAUGGUCACUCAAGAUUUUUCGCUAACGAUCAUGUUGUCGCCAUAGUUCGUAGAAUUCAUAUUGAAAUACAAUCAUGCACGAAUUCGAUUCGUCGAGAAUCGAUGGCAAAUAAUGUCCAUCAUAUAUAGAAAGUAAUGUAUUUGAUUUUCUCUAUCUUGAAUGUCAACACUGUCGCAUGUACAUCAUUUUAUCCGAAGCAAGACGAAGAGAGUAGUAUAUUUAAAUGUUAAAUACUGGUAAGGGCAUCAUGUGGCCUUUCCACUGGAUCUAGAGACUGAUAUUGUUUAGACAAAAGAAACAGAUCAAUUGCAUUUGAAUUUGUAUUUGACGACUAUAUAUGCUCGAUCUAAUUUUUCACGAGGAUAUCGAAUCAUAUGUAAUUGAAAUUUCAAUCUUUCUUACGAGAUUGUUACACGAGAAUAAAUUUGGUAAUUUAUAUAUAUAUAUAUAUAUAAUAAUUCAAAAACGAUCUCGAUUUUGUACUUGUUUGUCCAUAUUCAAAUUAGAGAUUCGAGCAGAUAUAGGUAUAUAUCCUUUCUAUUGUAUUUGAAAUAAUAAAUUUCAAAGGAUUUUUAAAUAAAACGAAAACAAGCAAAAAAUUUACAUCGACGUAUUUCACGAUACAUUGAAAUCGAAUUCUGGUCGGGAGACGCUGCGUGUUUCAACUUGAUUGUAACGUAUAGAUGUUCCAGUCUUUAGUGGAGCUAUCACGAAUGCAAUAAUGCUCUAUCAUCGUUGUGCUUUCGAUAGUUCAAAGCAAAAUAUGUAUACUCAAUAUGCUAGUUGGUUUAUGUAAGGCUAUCGAUCCUUUAACGUUUUUUCGACCAUUCGUUGCCACGAAUAAAUAUAUAGGCUUUAUAUUAAGGCUCCCGAAUUGAAGUAUUUCGAUCUUCGAGUUAAAUUUUUUGUCUAUAGCCUAUAAAUAUUCGUCGUCAUAAUUAUCAAAGUAGCAACUCAUAACGCUAGUUCUAUUUUUAUUACUCUUAUCGAAUAACUAUUUUUACUGCUUGCAAUUAGUAAAAUCGUGUGACAGCUUUAGCAUAUCUUUUAAGUAUGGAUUAUAAUACGUACUAUGGUUCCACAUACUUUCCUUUUUGUAUUAUUUCGAGUUUCUUUUUUCGAACACUGCGUCUCUCGGCUUGGAGACAAGUUUCCAUGAAAAGAUAGUUUCAUUCUUUCUAUAAUUCGUAAAAUAUGAAGUAAAUCCUUCUCGUUCGGUUUGACUUGCCUACUUUUGAAAAUUUGUUUCGUUGUGGCUCCGUUCAAAUGAAAUUUUAAUAAAUCUGUGAUAUAGUGACGAACCUCAUGUUUUUUGAUACAGAGUUUGAGUAUUGCGCGGGGCUACCAACGAAAUUAACGUGUCAGAAAUUGCUUAAUAACCAUUUAUAAAUGUUAAAAAAUGAAACAGUCGUCACACCAAAUAGAUGGAUAUUUUUUAAUGCAUUUAGGCUUUCGUCAAGAUCAUACACACCGCGCGUCAACAUGGUUCACUCGUACCUAAAGUAAAAACGGAUCAAUAUAUCGUCAUUGUUUACGUACCAAAGCUUAUUAUCAUUAAGUAAUUUAAUGGUUACUUUGUAUCAUUGUAUUAAGUACCAUAAGCCUAUGCAGAUAAAUAUAUUAUGUAUCAUAUUAA